AAUACACACCGGGGACACUAUUUUAUAUUAUUUUGUAUUGUUUUUGGUUUUUUAUCCGGAGUUGUAAACAAUAAAGUUACAUAUAUGCUAAUUGUGUUCGCUUUAUCAUUUUUAAAUUGAACAAAAGGUGUUAUUCUUGACCUUUUUAAAAAUAAAGAAACAUGGUAUUUUGGUUCAAAUGUGUCCUUAGUUGCUUAACUGCAGAGAUGCUUAACAAAAAAUGGGUAAUUAAGUAAUUUCUUCACAUUUAUAAAAAAAAGACAUGGAAAUUCCCACAUUGUUCAUUUAAUGGCUUAAUUAGCUAUAAUUUAAUAUUCAACAAAACAGCCUCUAUUGUCUUUUCCUUUACUGACAGAAUUCUAAUUCCACGUCUCCAUGGCAAAUUGAGAUCACAUUUCCUGUUGUUGUGCAUGCAUCGGCACGUUUCCAUAGUCACCAGCGUGUUUGCACUAGUUAAGUGGGAAAGUGAUAGUGCUGUAUUGUUGAAACUACUCGGUGAACUCUCAAACUGUUAUAAUGGUAAAAGGUGGAAAGCAACGUACUUCAAUUGGCAAUGAUGGCAAGUGGUUCGCUCAUGAAGUUUUACCAGAAAAUGAGACGAGGAGUCGUGAGGCUUGUACAAGCACUGGGAUCAUGCUGACUCAGGUUAAAUCAUCACUGCCUCAGGCAUUGAACUUGGAGCGCUAUCCUAAAUGGAAAUCUCAGCAGAAAUCCAGAGUGUAUCCUUUCUCCGGUCAUGACAACAAGCAUGCCCUAAAAGACAACAUCUCCGUCUUCAGUAAUGGUGUAGGACUCAGGAAGGGUCUUGAUGACCAGAGACAGAACAACUCCCAUUUCUGCAUGUCCCACGAUGGGACUUACAGCAGCUCUGAAGAAUCCGGGGGGAGCAUGUCAGUCCAACACACUGACUUCACGAUGAAGCAGGCUGUUAAUGUUCCCACCAGCGCCAGGCGGUUCCCCCGCAACCACAAGCAGAAGUCUGCAGAGGCAGCUCUGGCGCAGGCAGGGGAGCAUUUCAUGUGGUUCGGACGACACGAUUUGAAUGUCUCAGAGACCCUGCAAGUGUUGGGAGCUACAAACUGCUCAACACCAUCCAGGCCCUGAGAUACUCCAACACUAGAUCAUAGGUAGUGUGAGGUGAACUUUCUGGAGGGUCCAGCUAUCAAAUAAAGAACUGAAUCAGAAACAUCAGAUAGCAUUUUCUCUUAUUUCGAGAGGUCUGGAGGAGUUGUGAGAGCUGUUUUGCAGACAGAGGAUAUAAAAAGAACACUGUGAUAUUUUUGCCAGUAUUUAAGUACACAUGACAGUAUUGUGGUUGUCUUAGCUUUGAUUUUAUUCCUUUUGAGCCCCUGUAGAGCCUUGUGAAGAGGGCUAGUAAUUCACAGUUUGACCAGCAGAUGGCAGCAGGUCUGCAUGAUUUAUCAGAUGUCCUGCAGUCCUAAUGAGUUAAAACAGCCAAACUGUGAGAAAUGUAACAACUAAAAACCCUGUGUAAUGUGCAUGCUUUGGAGUAAAUAUGCAGCUAUUGUUAUUUAAUGCAUAUCAACAUAAAUACAUUGAAUUAUUGCAUAUGAAACAAAUUGAGCAGCUUCAUUUGUGUCAUAAUGCAUGAGUUUGUUUCACCCCUUAGGGAUGAAAAAGAUGGAUAUGUGUGUGUGCUGCACUUACAAGAGCGAAAAAAGCGUGGGAGAAUAACAGACUGCUCAGAGAAAAGCACUUAAAGUGAAGAGUAUCCCAACCACUUUCUCCAAUUGCUGAUGUUUUCUCCAGAGUACAUUCUGACCAGCUGCUUUCUUUCUUUAAGUACCCACUGGGGAGAUGGCUUUUUCUCACAUGCUUUCUUUCAGCUCUAGUAAUUAGUUGUUCCACAUACAGCCCCAACCUUGUAGGAGUUUGUUUCACUUGUAAAAGGUGACAUUUACAUCCCACAGUUUUUAUAUAGCAAGAGAAGAAAGCUGUGAGUCAUCCAUCUGUAAACUGCUGCCCCUUGUGAUUUCACUUUGAGAUUAUCUUCACACGUUGCCGCCCAAAAAACUGAGUCCUUGAUGCAGAGGUGCAUGUCUGACACUGUGCUACAGGGCAUAGGUUUAUAACAACCAUACAUACCUUUGAUAAAACAGAAGAAAGGAUAUGAAGAAAAGGGUUAAUGACUCUAUUUUAACCCCAUCCUUGUCAUCUGAAAAAGAAACCUACAAUAUAUUUGUGGUGGUCUCUGCUUUGUACUUGACAGUUGGUUGUUUCUGGUUUUGAUUGGUUGUCUGCCACCUCUGUCCCUGUGGGUGCAGUUUGCAGACUUCCCUUUGCUUUGGACUUGCCUCAACUUGAACAACUCCUCCGCACGGAAGCCACCAACACUUCACAAUCAGAAACUCUCAUUAGCUCUGUCAGAACCGCAGUAAAGCUUUCAAUAUUUCACAGGGGAGAGGAGAGCAGACUGAAAUUGCACGUCAAUCAUUAUCCGGUAUGUGUUAUUGUGUAAUGUAUGUGCCAUGUCAGGGGAGAUAUGUGUCUUCGUAUCAUGUAAAGAAGAAACAGCAAGUAUAUGUAAAUACAGCUGCGGUGGAAUAUCAAACCUUCUCCCAAGGACAAAAGACACAUCUCAGUAAACAAGCAUUCAACCACCAAAGCCCUGCACUUCAUGAAUAUUAAAUCAGACACUUUGAAUCCUACCUCUUUGGUGUUAGGAGGCCCUCGUCUGGAUUCUUACCAUUCACUGUGAUUUAUUCGCAGGUGCAUGUGUCUCUUUGAUGUGUUGAGUUGAGAGGUUUUGCACCUGUUAGAGGAAAAAAAGCUUUGAAAACAAGAGGUGGAUUUGCCAGACAGUGAAAAUGACAGCAACAGAAGGAAGAUUUGUGUUGCUCUGUGCAUAUGUACAUGUGUGUGUGUGUGUGUGUGUGUGUGUGUGUGUGUGUGUGUGUGUUUGUCAAAAAAAUGCUGCUGUUCUGUUUUGACAUUCUCUGUUCUGCGCAGCGCAAAAUCACUUUUUC